CUCUUUCUGUACAGUUCUAUAGAACAAGUUGUCCUCACAGCCAUGAAGGUUAUUUUGUGCCUUAUAUUCUUAUUUUCAACAGUCUACUGCGCCCCUGUGGACACCCAUCACUGCAGUCUGAUUUGCCCCUACAUCUACUUGCCAAUCUGUGGAUCCAAUGGAAGAACGUAUGGCAACGAGUGUGAAAUGAAUGUGGAGAAUUGCCUAAGCAAAACCCAAGUCACCAGGGUAAGCCAAGGACCGUGUCCAAGUUCUACCACAGACAACUCGGCUCAGCAACUUGGAUAAAUAUGUAGUCUGUCUAAAUAAAUCAG